CCUUCAUAGGAUUCUUAGCAUACUAAUAAAGAUAAUAAUAAUAAUUAAAUUUACAAAAUCAACACUCCUAAACUGCGUUAGUUGUAUAAUUGGCUAAUCUAAUCCUGGAAUGUCUUGAUUUAUAUAGGAUUUCUAUUAUAGUAUGUUACUAGUAGUAGCUACAAAUACAAUAUUAACAAUCUUAAUAUCGACAGAAAGCUUCAGCUGGCGUAAGAGUAACUGUGUGUCUUGCUUCCGUUCCUAUUUCUUUCUCUCUUUCCGGCUGUGUGAAAUGCUUUCUUCGAUAUUCUGCGAGCGAAUGUCACAACUAUAGUCUACAUCGAAGCGAAAAGCGCGUUUCGGAGAAUCACCUUAAGCGCCAUGCUCUGUGCCUCUAGUUUAAUUUCCGCGUUCGGUGUAGCUUAUCGUCGAUUCAGAUUAUGUGUGUCGAGCGCAUUUUUAUUUUUCGGAAGUUGAUUCCAUAUUGCGCAAUUGACCCCGCCCCUCCUGCGGCACCUUCAUGGAGUUACGAGGGCGAAGGAGGUCCUGAGAACUGGGCAACGCUGUUUCCCAAUUACUGUGCUGGCAGCAGUCAGUCCCCGGUCGCCUUGAAUGGACUCGCGGCCACUGCCAAGAGUUCCUCCGACGCCUGGGUGCUGGACAAAUACGACACCGUCCCUACUGAUCUCAAGAUAGAAAACAAUGGACAUUCAGCCAAGGUUGCAUGGACCAUCACAGACGUUGCGGAGCUUCCCUCGGUCAGCGGCGGAGAGUUGGGUGGGCAGUACACUUUCGCCCAGUUUCACUUCCACUGGGGCAGCGUCAGCACGCAGGGAUCUGAGCACACCAUCAAUGGAAUCGCAUAUGCUGCCGAGCUUCAUCUGGUGCACUUCAAGACUGAGUAUGGUUCCCUCGCCGAAGCGGUCGCGCACAAUGACGGUCUUGCUGUGUUGGGCGUUAUGCUCCUGGGCGGUCUGGUCGACAAUCCCAAACUCUCACCAAUUAUCGAUGGGCUCGCAACCAUCACGAAUGCAGGAACCGAAGAACACCUGGCGACAAUGCUUCCUCUCCAAGACCUCCUGCCGCCAAACACCAACACCUUCUACAGGUACUCAGGCUCCUUGACCACUCCCACCUGUAACGAGGUCGUCACCUGGACUGUCUUCCAAGAACCCAUAAGCAUUUCCGAGAAUCAGCUUGAGGAAUUCCGCAAGCUCCUCGGAGACGAUGGACAGCACCACAUUGUCGACAACUUCCGUCCCGUCCAGCACCUCAACGGCCGCACGGUCGAGAAGAUCACUUUGUCCUAACUCUUCACAAUGCUCACCGGCCAGAAAUGAGGGCGACGACUUCAGUUCACGCUACUAGGCGAAAAAGGAAGUAUGCGAGAGAGAGAGAGAGAAAGAGAGAGAGAGAGAGAGAGAGAGAGAGAGAGAGAGAGAGAGAGAGAGAGAGAGAGAGAGAGAGAGAGAGAGAGAGAGGUGCAUGGUUUGCAUGUAACAGGAAUGAGUUUUUUUUUUGUUUUGUUUUCUGCAAAAAAAAGAAAACAAAAAAAUUGUUUAAGUAAUUUAUUGUGAAUUAUGGUUGAAUAAAGUAUUGUUUGCA